GUAUCCUUUAUCGCCGGUCAAACAGCACCGCCAGGUCGUCGAAUGGGUCACGCAGGCGCCAUAAUUGCUGGCAGUAAGGGCACAGCGCAGGCCAAGAUCGAGGCUUUAAAAGAAGCCGGGGUCAUCGUGUGCCGGUCUCCAGCCGUCUUGGGUGAACGUUUGGCGAAAUGUAUUCACGAUGCGCAGCAGAUUCAAGGAAAGUCUUUCGGAGUUUAG